AUCACUCCAAGAAAAACCAUCCGGGAUCCGGCAUCUAAAUCAAAUUCCAAGUCUAUUAUAUAUUAUUAUCCCAUAUCUUCAGAUCCAAAGAUCGAAUCCAAUUCAAGUCUAUUUUUCUGUUUUCAAUAUAUUUUGAUCAUGUAGUUGUUCACCACAUAAAUUUUAAUUUACGAUCGUAUCUAUACCCUAUUGUUAUUUUUCUCCACUCCAGAAAUAAUUAAAUCAAUUUAAUCAUGUUUAGACGAGCCUUUGGAUCGGUUAUUUCAGGUUAGUUACUAUAUUUAAAAUAAAUUUAUUUUUCCUGUAAAAAAAUAAAACAUAUUUUGUAAAGAUGAUUUCUUACUAUGUAUUGUGUACCUAUCAGUUUAAUAAAUUAUGCUCUGCUACCUACCAUAUUGAUUUUAACAAUUUUAAUCUUUGAUAAACUGGUUGUAAUUACAUUAUUUUGUAUCAUUAUUUUUAUCUAUUUAUUAUAUUAUACUUAAUUAUAAUAUGUCUUGAUAUAUUUCAAUUUUUGUCAAAAUUAUUUUUUUAUUUCAACAUUUUAUUUAAUUUUAGUUAUACAGGGUGAUUUUUUUUAUCAUGAACCAACAAUUAUCUCAGAGGAUUUAAAAUGAAUUUGAUUUCUGUUUUUUCUAAUCUUUGUGGAAUCGUUUAAGCUUUAUUUUAAAAUCAUUUUUAAUUUUUUACCCCUAAUCCAUAUACCUUAAAUAAGUACAUACUUUUUAUUUUCAAAUAAGAACCCCCCCCUCAUUUUUGAACACAGACUAUAUAGAUAAUAUUUUUCUAAAAAUUUUGAUAUGCAUAACACUAAUAUCAGAUUUACCGUUUAUGACUUAUUAUGACAGUUUAAAGUUAUGACCUGAGGAGUAGAGAAGGGUCAUAGAUAGGCAAUUUAUUACCUUAUUUGAAAAUCACAAGUAUGCACUUAUCUAAGGUAUAUAGAGUAUGGAUAAAAAAUUAAAAAUCGUUUAAAAUAAAGCUUAAACGAUUCCGUAAAGAUUAGAAAAAACAGAAGUCAAAUUCACUUAAAAUCCUCUGAGAUAAUUGUUGUUUCAUGGUAAAAAAAUCACUCUGUAUAAUAACUCAUAAACAUUGUUAUAGAUGCUAUAACAAUGCCAAUGAAUUCAUUAUUGGAAUCCGUCUUUACACUCUACAUUAAUUUAUCAUGUGCUUAUUUUGUAAUUACAUAAUCAUCAGUUGACUAAUAUUAAUAAUAUUAAUUAAAAUAUUGCCCUUCAAACUAUUAAUAUUUUAUAUUUUCAGGGGGUGUUCGCCUUAUUCGAUCACAAACAGAAAAUGCACCAAUCAAAGCUUCUCAAGUACACUCGUUGAGUUUUUUAUUAAAUAACAACUUUAACCGAUUUGAAACAAGUAGAUUCUAUUCGACAGUUUUGUCCUCCAACUGGAGAUCAACCAAAAACAUUUUUAAUAAGAAUACCUCUAUUGCUCCUUCUAAUAUAAUGUAAGUAUUUAUGUUAUAUUUAUUUAUCAUAGUUAAAACUAAAUUAUUAAAUUGAUUUAGAUACGAAAAAAAUAAAACACUGAAAAAUAUUUAUUUUUAUAUUUUUCAUACUACAUUGUUAUUAUGUUAUUGCAUUGAUAACUGUUCUUUAAAUAUGUCAAAAGUGUCAAUAAUAAUCUGUUUGUAUAUUAUUGUAUUUGAAUUGUAACACAGAAGCUAUGACAUUAUCAAUAAGUAUUUAAAAUAUUAAUAAUUUAUGUACCUUAUUACAGAUGUAACGUUCAACCAAACAGGAACCUAACAAAAUUUUCCUUAAAGAAGGGAAAAAGAAAAACUGUAAAAACAGUUGUUGAUAGAUUUUUCCGUUUGGGGUGGUAAUUAUUUUUAUUGAUCGACUUUAUUUAAUUUGAACUAUUAUAAUUUUAGUGAUUUUUAAUCAAUUGGAUUUAUUAUUAUCAUAUUUAAUUAAUAAUAAAAACUUCACUAAAAUAAUACAAAAUAUUUCAGUUUUCUUUUUGUAUAAGUCAAAUAAAUGGUUAAAAAUAAAUUUUGACUUAUAUAAAUUAUUUGGUCAUAGCAUUCAUUGUUUAUAAUUUCUAGAUUAAAUUAUGUUUCUAUAUUUUAUUAGGGGUAUUUGGAUUCGUACAAAAUGUGGACGUAACAAGAAAAUGUGGAAAAAACCUGCUGCUAGAAAACGUAGACUGAGGCAACACGUGUUUUGUAAUGCCAAACAAUGUUCGCUCUUAGAUAAAAUGACUACUAAAUAUUGGAAGAAAAGGAGGUAUUAUCCAGAUGACCCCUAUGAACCCUAUCACAGUCGUGAAGAAUUUCCAUACACCAGAAAAACACCAUUACCUUAGAGUAAAAAGUAUAUAUUAUAAUAAAAGUGUUUGUAUAAAUAUAGAAUAAAAAAAUAUAAAAAUAUAAUAUUGGAUGUUUGACAACUAUAAUAUUCUAAAUCCUAAAAAUAACAAAGGAACAACAAUGUUUUGUGAUAUCAAUAAUAAUUGACUUUUAAAAAUCUACAUGAGAUGAUAAAUUAUUUGACAUCUUGAUAAGUAUAUCUGGUAUUGUCAAAAAAACCAAUAAACCAAUGAGUGCAAGUGAUCCGCUGCUAAAUGACAAAACGUCUCUGUAAUAGUGUGAACACAGUUCUAAAUUUGUGCAU